AUGGAGAACUAUAAGAAGACCAAAAUUGUGGAGAAACCUUGUCCUCUUCCUUUCACUAACCUGCCCCCUGACAUUAUAGAAAUGAAAGUGAAAGAUGGGAGCAAAAUCAGAAAUCUGAUGGGCUAUGCCAUUGGCAAGAUGGAGCUGGACUCAGUGAGGCAGAUACUUUUCACUGGCUCAGGCAAGGCCGUCAGCAAGACCAUUACCUGUGUGGAAAUCAUGAAACGAAGGCUCAAAGAGCUGCACCAGAUCACCAAAGUGCUGUUCAGACAGAUCGAAGAGAUCUGGGAACCCAUUGUGCCUGAGGCGGGCCUCGAUGCCUUGAUGGUGAAGAGAAACAUUCCUGCCAUAUGUGUCCUGCUCAGCAAAGAUGCCCUCGAUCCUCAGGAGCCGGGAUACCAGGCUCCGGGCUCUUUCGACACCUUCUGGAUCGAGACACUUAAAACGGAGUCUCAAGGCCAAAUGAAGAGGAAGCAGGGAGGAGGCAGGGGAGCCAGCAGCACAGGAAAGCACCCUCGGGCUGCUGGAGGAGCAGCUGGGGAGCCCUGCGCCAAGUCCUGA